AUGCUCGACCGCCGAGAACUCUUCUCGCCCUCUUGCGGACGAUGGGUUUCAAACGAAAUUGCGCGUCGUGAAGUUGCGGAAGAGUUUUACAAACAGCUAUUCAAGGGCAGCGGCGGAGGUGAUCGCGGACAUGUCAGCCUUUCGUUUCAUCUUGCAGUCAAAAAGCCACGAGACAGAUCCCGGAAAGAGCCCAUCAAGUGGGCGUGUUAUAUUCAUACGGGCGCUUGA